AUGACAGAAUUUUAUUCUGAAACAAUCGGUCUACCAAAGACAGAUCCACGUCUUUGGAGAUUGAGAACUGAUGACCUAGGCCGAGAAAGUUGGGAAUACUUAACCCCUCAGGAAGCUGCAAACGACCCGCCAUCCACUUUUACACAAUGGCUUCUUCAAGAUCCCAAAUUUCCUCAACCUCAUCCAGAAUUAAAUAAGCAUUCACCAAGCUUUUCAGCUUUCGAUGCGUGCCAUAAUGGUGCAUCUUUUUUCAAACUCCUUCAAGAGCCUGACUCAGGUAUUUUUCCAUGCCAAUAUAAAGGGCCCAUGUUCAUGACUAUCGGUUACGUAGCUGUAAACUACAUCGCCGGUAUCAAAAUCCCUGAGCAUGAGAGGAUAGAAAUAAUUAGAUAUAUCGUCAAUACAGCACAUCCGGUUGAUGGCGGGUGGGGAUUGCACUCUGUUGAUAAGUCCACCGUUUUUGGUACAGUAUUGAAUUAUGUUAUCUUGCGUUUAUUGGGCCUAUCCAAGGACCACCCGGUUUGCGUUAAGGCAAGAAGCACAUUGUUAAGAUUAGGUGGUGCUAUUGGAUCUCCACACUGGGGGAAAAUUUGGUUAAGUGCAUUAAACUUGUAUAAAUGGGAUGGUGUAAACCCUGCCCCUCCUGAAACUUGGUUGCUUCCAUAUUCAAUACCUAUGCAUCCAGGAAGAUGGUGGGUUCAUACUAGAGGCGUUUAUAUUCCGGUCAGUUACCUGUCAUUAGUCAAGUUCACCUGUCCAAUGACCCCUCUUCUUGAAGAACUAAGGAAGGAAAUUUACACCAAACCAUUUGACAAGAUUAACUUCUCCAAACACAGAAAUACUGUCUGUGGAGUAGAUCUAUAUUACCCACAUUCUACUACUUUGAAUAUUGCAAACAACCUUGUUGUAUUUUACGAAAAAUACCUGAGAAACCGGUUCAUUUAUUCUCUAUCCAAGAAAAAGGUUUAUGAUCUGAUCAAAACGGAGAUACAAAAUACUGAUUCCUUGUGUAUAGCACCUGUUAACCAGGCAUUUUGUGCCCUUGUUACUCUUAUUGAAGAAGGCGUAGACUCUGAAGCGUUCCAGCGCCUCCAGUAUAGGUUCAAGGAUGCAUUGUUCCAUGGCCCACAGGGUAUGACCAUUAUGGGAACAAAUGGUGUACAAACCUGGGAUUGUGCAUUUGCCAUUCAAUACUUUUUCAUCGCAGGUCUAGCAGAAAGACCAGAGUUUUAUAAUACAAUUGUCUCUGCCUAUAAAUUCUUGUGUCGUGCUCAAUUUGACACCGAAUGCGUUCCAGGUAGUUAUAGGGAUAAAAGAAAAGGGGCUUGGGGCUUCUCGACAAAGACGCAGGGCUAUACAGUCGCUGAUUGUACUGCAGAAGCGAUCAAAGCCAUCAUUAUGGUGAAAAACUCCCCAGUCUUUAGCGAAGUGCACCAUAUGAUUAGUAGUGAACGUUUAUUUGAAGGCAUUGAUGUGUUAUUGAACCUACAAAACGUUGGAUCUUUUGAAUAUGGUUCCUUUGCCACCUAUGAAAAAAUCAAAGCCCCGCUAGCGAUGGAGACAUUGAAUCCUGCUGAAGUUUUUGGUAACAUAAUGGUAGAAUACCCAUAUGUGGAAUGUACUGAUUCAUCCGUUCUUGGAUUGACAUAUUUUCACAAGUAUUUUGACUAUAGAAAAGAGGAGAUACGUACGCGCAUCAGAAUUGCUAUCGAGUUCAUCAAGAAAUCUCAACUACCAGAUGGGAGUUGGUAUGGAAGCUGGGGCAUUUGCUUCACAUAUGCCGGUAUGUUUGCAUUGGAGGCAUUACACACCGUGGGGGAGACCUAUGAAAAUUCUUCGACGGUAAGAAAAGGUUGCGACUUCUUGGUGGGUAAACAGAUGAAGGACGGUGGUUGGGGAGAAUCAAUGAAGUCCAGCGAAUUGCACAGUUAUGUGGAUAGUGAAAAAUCGCUAGUAGUUCAAACCGCAUGGGCGCUCAUUGCACUUCUUUUUGCUGAAUACCCGAAUAGAGAAGUCAUUGACCGCGGUAUUGAGCUUUUGAAAAAUAGGCAAGAAGAGUCCGGGGAAUGGAAAUUUGAAAGUGUAGAAGGCGUCUUCAACCACUCUUGUGCAAUUGAAUACCCAAGUUAUCGAUUUUUAUUUCCCAUUAAGGCAUUAGGUAUGUACAGCAAGGCAUAUGAAACACACACGCUUUAA